CAUGUCUAUUGAAAAAAACGAAGAAGAGUUGUUACUGGCGUUGUUGUUAGACAAUAGACAUUAAGGCGGUAAAAAUCUGUAUGUGAGAAAACUAUAACAACUGCAAGACGUAAUUUUUUGGUGUAUUUUUUAUUUUUGUUUGAGUAAGGUAACGAUAGCAUACUCUUUGAAUUAGUCAUCAUAAAUAAUAUAUAACCUUACUUCACCAAAAACUGUAACCAAUUCUUAAAAAUGGCAAAAGUUCAAUUGUGUAAUAUUACAGUAAUGGACAAUCCUAGUCAAUUUUUGAACCCUUUUCAGUUUGAAAUUACUUUCGAAUGCAUAGAAGAACUGAAAGAAGAUCUAGAGUGGAAAAUGAUAUAUGUAGGCUCUGCUGAAAGUGAAGAGUAUGAUCAAGUAUUGGAUUCAGUAUUUGUUGGCCCCAUUCCAGAAGGAAAACAUAUGUUUGUAUUUCAGGCGGAUCCUCCAAAUGUAUCUCGAAUUCCCGAGAAUGAUGCCAUAGGAGUCACUGUCGUGCUAUUAACAUGUUCAUACAGAAGUCAAGAAUUUAUUAGAGUAGGAUAUUUUAUUAAUAAUGAAUACAGUGACCCAGAAUUGAGAGAAAAUCUUCCCAGCCCACCACAGUUUGAUAAGGUUGUAAGAAAUAUUUUAGCAUCGGAACCAAGGGUAACUAGAUUUAAAAUAAACUGGGAAGAGACAAACCCACAAGAAAAUGUGACACAUACGGAACAAACUGCGACAGGGUCGUCAGUUAAUGUAGAAAAUAACAGCAGUACUCCAGCUGAUGUACCAUCUUUCAACGAAAAUUCAAACUCCUGGGCAACAAUGGAAUGUUCGUAAAUAAUUUUUGGUAGGCUUCAUUUAUUAAGUUGGAAUUUCAAUCUGCCUUGCAAUUCUUGUACUUCAAAAUAUUUUUGUUGAAAAAAGAUUUUUGUUAUCAGAUGUUCUUUGGAAAGUAUAAUAAAAUUUUUUUCACAUUA